UAUAUGUUUUGCUUCCAAGCUUUGCCCACUUUCUUCUUACUCAAUGAUUCUUUAGGAGGAGAAGGAACAUUUCUUAUGCAUUAAUGUUGGUGAGACAUACAACGGAAGAAGCGCAGUAAUCCAGAAGAUUAGUUUGUAUUGAUUAGGAAUCCAUCUCGUGUGAAUAUUGAAGUGGCUUCUGUUCUGUAACGAGCAAAUCAAGGUGAAAGAUGGAGGGUGAUACUCCUGACGCUAAAAAGAAUAAAGAUCAGCUGAUGAAUGUAAACUCAUCAAAGUCGAGAAACUUGCUACGAAAGAAAGAUGGAGGAUGCUUGGCGGUUUUGAGCAGCGGGAAGUGUUUACAGAUAUUUCAAAACAGUCCCAAAGUAUCAUGUAGUGGCGAGUUCUCUACUUCUUCUCCGAGUCAUCUCUUGAGGAAACUAGGAGCAAACUAUGAUAAAGCUGACCAAUCUCGUAAGGUAAUCUCUUUAUCUAGCAACAACACCUUCUCGUCUCCAUCUACAGACGUUUCUCAGGGAACCCUUCAGUUCACUACGAGAGCCAAUGGAAUAGUGCCUCGUUUUGUUUUCAAGUUGGACAAUGAAAAAGAUGUUUACGUGGCAAGCUUAAGCAGCAACGUUGUAGACCAAAGUGUUUUAGAGUAUACAUAUAUGAUUCAUCUGAAAAGAGAAUCAUCAUCAUCAUCAUCAUCAUCAUCAUCCUCAUCACCGCUUCUGGUUGGUAGAAUAAAGGUGUCAACGUUGUCCUCGUGUUCAUUCUUGAAUGAGAGAUUCGUAGAGAGGCAGUUCGUUUUGUUCAGCAACGAUGGUGAGCAUUCGCAGACACCGUGUAGGAAGAAAAACAGAGGAUCGUGUAAGAAAGUAGUUGGUGUAAUGAAGAACAAUGAGCAGAUGCAGCAACCAAACUCUGACCACGAGCAGGUGAAUCUACUGGAGAACGACCUUCCAACAAAUCUUGAAACGUUAGCUGUUCUUGUGAAACAACAGUUUCUUGAAGAAGAAGAAGAAGAAGAAGAAGAAACUGGAGGUUGGGGAUUGAAGUUCUUGAGGAAGUCUUCACUGGUCAAAACUGAAAGUGGAAGUUCAAGAUCUAAGACAAGUGUUGAUGUUGUGAUUCCAUCAGGGAUUCAUGGAGGGCCUGAAGAUGGACCUUCGAGUUUGAUAGAGAGGUGGAAAUCUCAAGGAAACUGCGACUGUGGAGGAUGGGACUUGGGCUGUUCCUUAACCCUUCUAAAAGGCCAGCCACGCAAAGAUAACCUUUCGGAGCUACUCAUAGAGGGAUCAAAACAUGAGAAGACUGUACUAAGGAUUGAGAAGCUUCGACGAGGACGUUACUUAGUACAACUCCAGACAUGGCUAUCAGUUUUACAAUCUUUCUCGAUUGCAAUAGCAUUCAUACAUAGCCAGAGUCAGGAGCUACUACGAAUAAAUCUAUAAUCAUCAUUAGUAUUUUUGUAUAAUUAAUAUUCAGAUUUUAGUAUACUAUUAAGACAGAAGUAAAAAAACAUUGAUUGAUGAUGUCUAAAUAACCAAAACACUUGAAUGUCGUACAUAUUGUCAGAAAAUGAAAAUUCUCAAAUUUGUUUGAAAGGUAAUCAAACGCACACUCAGACAAUG